AUGGUCUCGACACCCCCUGCUUAUCCCUUAGGCUUUGCAGCCGCAUCCCAGCUGGACGUCUCCCAAGCCCUGCCUGGCUACACUCGCACGGUCGGUCCCGAGUGGGAUGUCCCCGCAGCUGAUCGACACCAUAACUUUCAUCUUACGAAGAAGACUGGAGAACGGUGGCUGACGCUGAGCCUGACCAGUCGUGCCGCUACUGCGGCUGACACGCCGACGUUUUUCCAGGGUGGGGACGUGAGCGGGUCUCUGCAGCUGCAGUUGGAUAACGAGGAAAUGGUCGAUGGGAUUACUAUUGCUGUGAGUGUAGUCAAAUAUACGACCGACGACAAGUCUUCCGGAGGCUCGGAGGCCUCGUCAGUCGCGGCUCGGCGGGGGAGACUACAAGGUCGCUACGACUGGCCUUACUCAUUCCGCCUCCCCAAGGGAGUCAGUAUCCUCUCGUCCAUCACCACGAAUGCGGAAGUAGAGAGGCAGAGCUAUCGUCUUCCUCCCAGUUUCUCCGACGAACAUUCAAAUGUUGAGAUUCAGUAUUCCCUCGUCGUUCGUGUGGACAGAGGAGGCCUUCGCAAAGGCAGCAAGCUCGUCGUCCCCAUUGUAUACGUUCCGCUGGCGAGACCAGGUCCUCCAACAAUUCUCCGUCAGCUCGCCUAUCAACAAUGUGUGGCAAUACCUGGUCCGGACAUCGAUCCUGUGGGUUGGAAGACAAGCGGACCUGUGAAGGUAGAGGGCACGCUCUUCAAGACGAUUCACCUGGAAGCAUUGUGCACGGUUCAUGAGUUCAUACAGCUUACAUACACUAGAGGCGCUCCUAUACACCUAAUCAUCUCGAUACGUAGCAACAACGGGCAAUUUCUAGACCUUCUUACCCCUCAAUCCAUGCAAGUUGCACUGAUUCAACAUAUCACAUUCGGCGACGAGGGCAAUCAGCCGCGUUUCUCCCGUAGGUUAUCGGCUCAAAUUACGAUGAAGACCCGAAGCCUUGCGGUGGCGACGUGGUGGAGAGUCAGCAACCCUGCUACAUCAUCUGAAGUACGGACGUUCGCUGGCGAAGUGCUAAUUCCUGAUGACGCAGUCCCCGCCUGCCGUAUUCUCCAUUACGGACAUGAGGUAUAG